CCCUUAUAAGUUGUAAGCAGAGCGUCUCUCGCGGAUGGCGUCGACACCCAGCCCCCUGAGUGACCCGCGGUACCGCGCCGGCGUUCGGCUGCGGCGCGGCGGCCGCUUCGAGGCCGCGGCCAAUUUGUUAGCCGAGGUGCUGACCCUGGCCACCGAGGGCGCUCCCGACGAAAGGCAGCUCGACCCCGCGCUCGCGCCGCUCUACUACGAGUACGGCGUCGCGCUCGUGGGCGUCGCGCGCGAGGCCGCGGCGGCCGAGGAGGACGCCGAGGCCGCGCCGUCGCCGAAGCGGCGGCGCCUGGCCGGCGAGGCGGGCGGCGAGGAGGACGCCGACGCCGACGACGAGGAAAACGCGGACGACGCGGCGGUCGCGUGGCAGCUCGUGGACCAGGCGCGGUGCCUCUUCCUCGAGGCGGGGGACCGCGCCGCGGCGGCGCGCUGCGCCGAGCAGCUCGCGGGCCUCGCCGUGGACCAGCGCAAGUGGGCCGACGCCGUCGCCGAGUUCUCGCUCGGCGUCGAGUUCUACGACGCGGCCGCAGAUUUGGAUAUCGAGGACCGCGUGCACCACCUCAGCUGCGUCGCCGGCCUCGCCGCCGCGCUCGGCGCGCACUUCGCCGAAUCGCCGGCCGCCGACGUCGCGGUCAACGUCGACGGGCGCCCCGAGGUCGUCGUGGCGGCGGCCGAGGUCGCCGACCGGUGCGCGGCGCACGCGCGCGACGCCGAGCGGGGCCUGAACGCGCUCCUCGGCGAGCUCGCGGCGGCGCGCGCGACGCUCGACGCCGCGCGGAAGCGCGACCUCUGCGCGCUCGCCGUAGAGGUGAGCCACGCCAAGGAGGUCGCCACCGGCCUCGCGGCGCCGGCGCCCGCGCCGGGGUGA